GGGACCUUGGAGUACGGAGAGGGUGUGUCCUCUAGGCUACCGAGGGGACUUGGGUACAAAACUGAUUCAUGUAAAGAGGUUACCCGGGGAUUUAAUAUGCCUUUGUGACUUGGAGAAUCUUCCAGAAGAUGACUUCUCAGAGCCAGGCCAUCCCCAAGGGGCCGGUCAGUGACAUUCUGGUCAAGAAAGUCCAGAAGUCAAUUGAAGAACAUCACCAACAGGUAGAACACUUCUUCCAUUUGAUGCAGACUUUUGGGAGACCCACCCAGGUUCUGGAGUUGGUCAAGGCCAGCCAGUUUUCAACCAAGAAAGAAGCUGAGAUUCCCGAGACCAAGAUCCCUCAGGAGCCCAAGUUCACAGCCACCUCAGUGUCCCAGCUUUAUGACAGGCAGCUGUCACUCUCAGAGGCUGAUGAGCCGCUGGAGCCGCAGCCAGUCUGGGAGCAGGAACCCCAUUUUUGGGAGGACAUUUUGACCCAGCAACUUUGGCAGAUUUUCACUGAUAGCCACAAGAAGGCCCAGGGCGGACUCGGAACAACAGAGAAGAUACUGGAACAAGGAAGCAAGGACUCAGGCCUGUGUGAUUCCGAAGCACAGCCCGCUCACAUCCUGCCAGAGUCCCCAUCACCAUCGCCACAGGAAUCGUCCACUGUCUCUGAACAAGAGACCAGCCAGCUCCACCAUGAGGUCCAGGAAUCUUCUGAUCUAGGCCAUCCAUUUCUAAAGCCUUUAUCCUGGGACCCCGAAGACUUUGAGGACAGCUGGCAGAGGCCAAGUGCAUCUCUCUGGAAAUCAAAGAGGUUUGCCGUCCCUCACGCUCUGCACAAGGUGCGCGUGCUGAAACAUGGGGAGCUGCUGCUGGCCACGGCGGUGAGCAGCUUCACGAGACACGCAUUUACGUGUAGCCGGGGUGGCAUCAAAGUCUGGAGCCUCACGGGCCAGGUGGCUGAGGACCACUUCCCAGACAGCCACCUGAAGCCAGCCGGUGUCCAGACCCCUGGCGCCUACCUGCGCACCUGCCUGCUGUCCCCUGACAGUAGGACGCUGCUCGCAGGUGGACAGAACCUGUCCGCUGUGAGCGUCUGGGACCUGGCAGCCCCUUCCCUCCACCUGAAGUGCCAGCUGCCUUGUGAGGGACUGUCCUGCCAGGCGCUGGCAGCCAGCCUGGAGGACAACCAGGCCUUUGCCGGCUGCACCAAUGGUAUUGUUAGGAUGUGGGACCUGUGUAGUGGGAAAGUAAUCAGGGACUUCGUGGGCCCUGUCAAUGGGGCCAAGAGCCUCGUGGUCAAGGACAAUGAGCUGUGGACAGGGGGUCUGGAUGCCUGUCUGCGACGCUGGGAUAUGCGAACGGCCAGGGAGGCUGUGGAGUACACGUUCCAGUCUCAGAUCAUGAGCCUGUCGAACAGUCCCCAGGAAGACUGGCUGCUGAUGGGCCUGGCAAAUGGCCAUCAGUGUCUCUACAGCACCACCCAGGGGAGCCAGGCACUCACGGUGGGCACCAAAGACAAGACCAUCCUGGGUCUCAAGUUCUCCCCAAACGGCCAGUGGUGGGUGAGUGUGGGGAUGGACGAUCUGGUCACUGUACACAGCAUGCCCACAGGAGCCAAAGUCUUCCAGGUCCGAGAGGCCACCUCUACCACAUGCUGCGAUGUGGCUGCCAACGGCCGGCUGGUUGUCGUAGGGUCUGGGGACCAGGCCUCUGUGUACCAGAUAACCUACUGACGGCCCCCCCCAUCGUCUGACCUGCCCCCUUCCCUUGCUCUUCCCUUUGCUGCAGUGGUGGGUGGCGGGGUUAGGGUGUCUGGUUUUCCCAAGGGGUAUCUGUGGUUCCCUGUGGGGUGUGUAGACCCCCAGGUCACACUUAAUAAAGCAAUUGACAAAGAC